AUGACGAAGACGUUCCUUCCUUAUAACUUUGAUCGCACCAUGUUCACAAGGUUGCAAAACCUUCGACAGGGUCCUCGCUCCGUGGAUGAUUAUGCAGAGGAAUUUUUGUUGCUUUUGACUCGCAAUGAAAUAUUGGACAGUGAGGUUCAAUUGGUAUCGCGAUUCAUUGGCGGUUUGAGACCUCAAUUGCAAAAUGCAAUGUCGCAAUUUGAUCCUACUACGGUAGAAGAGGCUCACCGUCGUGCCGUGGCUUUUGAACUGCAGUUCAAACAGUCGACAAAGACUUGGAACACGUCAGCGAAAUCACGUUUUCCACCGAGCUCCUCCGAUGCAAACAAUCAAACACAAACAGCAAAGGACACAGGCGAACCUCAGACUACGCGACAACAAUCAACGAUCCGAACUAACAAGACAACAGAGGACUUACGGCGAUCAACACGACCAAACGCGCUACGGUGUUUCACUUGUGGCGAGCAUGGGCAUCGUCAAACAGCAUGUCCCAAUGCCACGAAGCGUGGUCUACUCACAGAUGAAGUCAAGUGGGAUGAUGAUGGCUUGGAUCAAGCGAAUGACGUUUUAGAGGAUAUCAUAGAGGAUCCCAACGAAGGUGAUCAAGGCACGGUACUAAUGCUACGCCGUAUCUGUCUCGCACCAAUGAGACAGGACGAUCGACCUUGGCUUAGGACCAAUAUUUUCGCAUCGACUUGUACUGUCAAGGGAAAGAUUUACCGUUAUGUGAUCGACUCCGGCAGCUCGCAUAAUGUGAUCUCUGAAAUGGCGGUUGACAAGCUUGGUCUACGGCGCUCAGACCACCCAGCACCAUACAAGCUAGUAUGGCUUAAAGCGGGCUCGGAGAUCCGAGUAGUUCAGCGUGCUCUUGUCUCUCUCUCUAUCGGAUCUUAUUACAAAGAUAAGAUCUACUGUGAUAUCGUCCCUAUGGAUGAGUUACAGGAAGCAAAGUUUGCUCUAGCGGUCAUGGCGAUUCCUGCUACUACUCCCUCAACAUCAACUACAGACCCAGCGAUCACGACACUUUUGGAGGAGUUCAGUGAUGUAUUUCCUUCGGACUUACCAUUGGGCUUGCCUCCUUUGCGCGACAUACAAACCAAAUCGAUCUCAUCCCUGGCGCUUCUUUGCCAAACCGGCCUCACUACCGCAUGA